GGUUUCAAGAUGCUGCGAGUACACAGGACCACACUGAGCAGGCUGGGACCCAGCCUGUCCCGAGGCUUUCACCACAAGGCAGUGGUGGCCCUCAGGCGGGAGGACGUGAACGCCUGGGAGAGACGGGCACCGUUAGCCCCCAGACAUAUCAAAGGACUCACCAAUCUGGGCUACAAGGUCUUAAUACAGCCUUCAAAUCGACGGGCCAUUCAUGAUAAGGACUAUGUCAAAGCUGGUGGUAUCCUUCAGGAGGAUAUUUCUGAAGCUUGUCUAAUUUUGGGAGUUAAGAGACCUCCAGAGGAAAAAUUAAUGCCCAAGAAGACUUAUGCUUUCUUCUCCCACACAAUCAAAGCACAGGAGGCCAAUAUGGGCUUGUUGGAUGAGAUCCUAAAACAGGAAAUUCGACUUAUUGAUUAUGAGAAAAUGGUGGAUCAUAGAGGAAUACGGGUAGUAGCAUUUGGACAGUGGGCAGGCGUGGCAGGGAUGAUCAACAUUUUACAUGGAAUGGGUUUAAGGCUCCUUGCUCUGGGACAUCACACACCCUUUAUGCACAUCGGGAUGGCUCACAACUACAGGAACAGCAGUCAGGCUGUGCAAGCUGUCCGCGAUGCUGGCUACGAAAUAUCUCUGGGUUUGAUGCCAAAGUCAAUAGGGCCCUUAACAUUUGUGUUCACAGGGACUGGUAAUGUAUCUAAGGGAGCCCAAGAAAUAUUCAACGAACUACCCUGUGAAUAUGUGGAGCCUCAUGAAUUAAAAGAAGUUUCCCAAACUGGAGACCUCAGAAAAGUGUAUGGGACGGUGUUAAGUCGCCAUCAUCAUCUUGUCAGGAAAACAGAUGGUAUAUAUGAUCCUGUAGAGUAUGACAAAUAUCCCGAACGCUACAUAAGUCGUUUCAAUACUGAUAUCGCACCCUACACAACUUGUUUAAUCAAUGGAAUCUACUGGGAACAAAACACCCCUCGCCUACUAACCCGGCAGGAUGCUCAGAGCCUCCUGGCUCCUGGCAAGUCCUCAGUUGCUGGUGUUGAAGGCUGCCCUGCACUGCCGCACAAACUUGUGGCCAUAUGCGACAUUUCAGCUGACACAGGAGGAUCUAUAGAGUUUAUGACUGAGUGUACAACAAUAGAGCAUCCCUUUUGCAUGUAUGAUGCAGACCAGCAUAUUAUUCAUGACAGUGUGGAAGGCUCUGGGAUUCUGAUGUGUUCAAUUGACAAUUUGCCGGCACAGCUUCCAAUUGAAGCUACAGAAUACUUUGGAGACAUGCUUUACCCUUAUGUUGAAGAAAUGAUAUUAUCAGAUGCAACACAGCCUCUAGAAAGCCAGAAUUUUUCUCCAGUGGUGCGAGACGCAGUGAUCACAUCCAACGGUGUAUUGCCUGAUAAGUAUAAAUAUAUCCAGAAACUCCGGGAGAACAGAGAACGUGUUCAGUCGCUUACAAUGGGCACCAAAAAAAAGGUGUUGGUUCUUGGAACUGGCUAUGUAUCAGAGCCUGUAUUGGAAUACCUGUUGAGAGAUGGCAAUACAGAAAUCACAGUAGCUUCUGAUAUGAAGAAUCAAAUUGAACAGUUAAAUAAGAAAUACAAUAUUAAUCCAGUUUGUGUGGAUAUUGAUCAACAGCAAGAGAAGUUGGCUUCCUUGGUGGCUGCACAGGAUCUUGUCAUUAGCUUGUUGCCUUAUGUAUUGCAUCCUCUUGUGGCCAAGGCAUGCAUUGCAAGCAAAGUUAACAUGGUCACGGCAAGCUAUAUUACACCAGCGCUAAAAGAAUUGGAAAAGAGUGUGGAAGAUGCUGGCAUCACAGUCAUUGGUGAAUUGGGAUUGGACCCUGGCCUUGAUCAUAUGCUGGCAAUGGAAACAAUAGAUAAGGCUAAAGAAGUUGGAGCCACGAUUGAAUCUUACAUUUCCUACUGUGGUGGAAUUCCAGCCCCGGAACAUUCCAACAAUCCGCUGAGAUACAAAUUUAGCUGGAGUCCAGUGGGUGUUCUGAUGAACAUCAUGCAGCCUGCCACCUAUCUACUCAAUGGAAAGGUGGUGGACGUUGCAGGCGGACUCUCCUUUCUCGAUACUGUGACUUCCAUGGAUUUUUUCCCAGGACUAAAUUUGGAAGGCUACCCCAACAGAGACAGCACAAAAUACGCUGAGAUUUACGGCAUUUCAUCUGCUCAUACUUUGUUGCGGGGGACACUGAGAUAUAAGGGAUAUGCCAAGGCUUUGAAUGGAUUUGUAAAACUGGGUCUUAUAAACAGAGAUGCAUGUCCUGCCCUUCAAGCUGAAGCCACUCUCACCUGGAAAGAACUCCUCUGUGACCUAGUUGGGAUUUUGCCCUCCUCCAAGAGUGAUGUGCUUAAGGAAGCUGUCUGUAAAAAACUCGGAGGAGACAAUACCCAGCUAGAGGCCGCUGAAAGGCUGGGCUUACUUGGGGAUGAACGAGUCCCUCAGGCGGAGUCUAUUGUGGACGCGCUCUCCAAGCAUCUGGCCAUGAAACUCUCCUAUGGCCCUGGAGAGAGAGAUAUGAUUGUGAUGAGAGACAGCUUUGGAAUCAGACAUCCGUCUGGACAUUUAGAAAACAAGACUGUUGAUCUUGUGGUUUAUGGGGACCUCAAUGGCUUUUCGGCCAUGGCAAAAACUGUAGGGCUACCCACUGCAAUGGCAGCCAAGAUGUUGCUUGAUGGUGAAAUUCAAGCAAAAGGCCUGAUGGGCCCCUUUUCAAAGGCAAUCUAUGGACCAAUACUGGAACGAAUUAAAGCAGAAGGCAUUCUCUACACUACCAAAAGCACUACCAAACCAUGA